AUGGACGCGCACGUGGGUAAAUUGAACCCGGCGGUCCACGAGGUCGUGCUCAAGUCGGACGACGAGAAAAAAGGGGCGGCAACCGAAGACUUUCAAGUCGGCAUGCGCGCUUCAAUAUCAGCGCUCAAGAAGGACGUGGCCGCACAGCUGCAGGUCAAGAGCCAGCUGAGCGACUACGGCGCACCCAUGCGCAUCCUGUACCUGGAUCCGACCAAUUUCCCGCCGGCCGCUCUCGAUGAUGCGACGACGCUGAAGCUACGACGCUACAUCCUCGGGUCAUCCACUCUGGUGAUCGGCGGCUGCUUCUUCGUCGAGGCCUUCAAACUGGCGACCGAGCAAGAGCGCCUCGACAUCGCAGAGUGCGCCAAUCGCCAUAUCAUUUUCGACCCAAGCGGCGACACCGUGAAGGUAUCGGCGCAUCCAGGUGACACCGUCAUUGUCGACGGCCAGUACCUGGGUGACGGCGAGAAGCGCGACUUGUUCCAUUGUAGUCGCAUCACGCUCGCGCUCACCGCCUCUCUAGAGAUUUCGUACGACUUCUACGAGAGUCCCCGCGCCGUCACCUCACCGGUCGAAAGCACGGGAAGCAACCCCAAUAUGGUACAAGCGCCGGCGAAACCUGCACCGAUCGAGGUCGCGACGCCAACGAUCGCAGUCCCACAAGAACGUACGUCGCCACUGGUACCCAAAAUCUUUGCCACGCCAGCUCCCAAACAAGCCGUACCAAUGGCCAAGGACUCGUCACUGCCCAAGACGUCGACGACCUUGGCGUUCCACGACUCUCGCUUCCCGGACCCUAACACAACGUUGAGGCGACUGCUAACGUCGCCCAGGGGGGUGCGCUUCACCUUUUUCAACGCUGGAGGCGUCGUGUUCUCGUCGGCCACCAGCCGCGUGCCCGAAGCCGCAUUGCGGCCGGGCUUCUGA